CAAAGGGGACAAAUGAAGCCAAGAAAGUAGUGAAAAACCUUUCUGAAUCCUCAGCCUCUACUUAACGGAUACUCUCUCCUUGCUGCUUGUUAUCCUCCAUUAACACAAUCUAUCUGAAAGAGUGUGAAGUUGCAGAAGAAUAGAUACGACACUAUUUCUCCGGUCAUGUUGGUAGCUGGAAACGCUUUGAAUUGCUUACUCAUCGAUCCAAGUGGCUUCCAGAGAUAUUUGGGUUUUGGAGUGACGAGUUUCACUGGUGUUGGGGCUGUAAAAAGCUGUAAACAGGAGGGGUUUGUCAUAGAUGAACGCGGGAAGUUAACAAGAUUUAACAGGAAGAAGCUCUCUAGGAGACGAUGUGGCUCUUUGAGGGGUCGAGGAUGGAAAUAUGGAUCCGGGUUUGUGGAUGGGAUCUUUCCUGUUCUGAGUCCCAUUGCUCAGAAGAUUCUGAGCUUUAUUCAAAGAGAAACUGAUCCUGAAAAAGUAGCAGAUGUCCUUGGAACUCUUCCUUCUACGCAUGCCUCAUGGGAUGAUCUGAUCAACGUCUCUGUGCAACUCCGUUUGAACAAGAAAUGGGAUUCCAUUAUCCUGGUGUGUGAGUGGAUUUUAAGGAGGAGCUCCUUUCAGCCUGAUGUAAUCUGCUUCAAUUUGCUUAUAGAUGCUUAUGGACAGAAGUUCCGGUACAAGGAUGCGGAAUCACUCUAUGUACAGCUUCUUGAAUCACGCUGCGUGCCUACGGAAGACACAUACGCUCUUCUUAUCAAGGCAUACUGUUUGGCCGGGCUCAUAGAGAAAGCUGAAGCCGUUUUAAUCGAGAUGCAAAAUCAUCAUGUUACUCCGAGUGCUACUGUAUACAAUGCAUAUAUUGAGGGGUUAAUGAAGAGGAAAGGGAACACCGAGGAAGCAAUCGAUGUGUUUCAGAGGAUGAAGCGUGAACGGUGCAAACCAACCACUGAAACUUACAACUUGAUGAUAAAUCUAUACGGAAAGGCAAGUAGAUCAUACAUGUCGUGGAAGUUGUUUUGUGAAAUGAGAAGUCACCAAUGUAAACCAAACAUCUGCACAUACACAGCGCUCGUGAAUGCAUUUGCUAGAGAAGGUCUUUGCGAGAAAGCUGAGGAGAUUUUUGAGCAGCUUCAAGAAGAUGGGCUUGAACCUGAUGUCUAUGUCUACAACGCUCUCAUGGAGGCAUACAGUCGUGCAGGUUAUCCUUAUGGUGCUGCUGAGAUUUUCUCUUUAAUGCAACAUAUGGGAUGUGAACCAGACAGAGCUUCCUACAAUAUCAUGGUCGAUGCUUAUGGUAGAGCAGGUCAUCACUCAGAUGCAGAAGCUGUGUUUGAACAAAUGAAGAGGCUUGACAUAGCACCAACGAUGAAAUCCCACAUGCUGCUUCUAUCGGCUUACUCUAGAGCCAGAGACGUAACAAAAUGCGAAGCCAUUGUGAAAGAGAUGAGCGAGAACGGAGUAGAACCAGACACAUUUGUCCUGAACAGCAUGCUCAACUUGUACGGCCGGUUAGGACAAUUCAGCAAGAUGGAAAAGAUUCUAGCCGAGAUGGAGAACGGUCCUUGCACCGCGGAUAUAAGCACAUACAACAUCUUGAUCAACGUCUAUGGUAAAGCCGGGUUCUUGGAGAGAGUUGAGGAGCUUUUCGGUGAGCUCAAGGAGAGGAAUUUCAGACCGGAUGUUGUGACGUGGACCUCGAGGAUCGGUGGUUACUCUAGGAAGAAACUGUAUGUGAAAUGUCUGGAGAUUUUUGAGGAGAUGAUUGAUUCGGGUUGUGCACCAGAUGGAGGAACAGCUAAGGUUCUUCUUUCGGCUUGUUCUAGCGAGGAUCAAGUGGAACAGGUUACUUCAGUGCUUAGAACAAUGCAUAAGGAUUUGUCUGUGAGUUCUCUUGUCCCAAAGCUAAUGGCUAAAUCCUUAAAUGUAAACUGAAGAAAAUAGCAUUUUAGAGUUGUCUUUUUUAAUAAAGUUUGGAUUUUUAUGAUCAGAAUCCUUUGUAAGUAUUGAAAAUUGUUAUAAUAUAUGGUCUAAUGUCACAACCCACAGUGUUGCUUUAGUGGGUAGUUGAAUGCGAAAUUGGUCCACGAGCAAAUGAAUCAGAAAGUGAUGUUUUUUAAUUUUUAUAUGCGAAAAGCCGAACCCACCAAACCCUUUUGUCGUAAGAAUAUAAUAAUACAAGCCGUUCGGUGAGUGCACUCUCUCCUUCACUGUUGUUGUCUAUCAGAUUCUUUCUCUGUGCUUCGAGAUCUCCACGAAAAAAAUGGCAGCUAGAUUGUUGUGGGCUUCUAGGGUUGCUUCUCAUCUAAGGAUCUCUGUUUCCCAACGAGGGUUUUCUUCGGUGGUGUUGAAGGAUCUGAAAUAUGCUGAUUCACAUGAAUGGGUGAAGAUUGAGGGGAACAAAGCGAUCUUUGGUAUAACGGACCACGCACAGGACCAUUUGGGCGACGUGGUCUAUGUUGAGUUGCCUGAUGUGGGACGCUCGGUGUCACAAGGUGAGAGUUUUGGAGCGGUCGAAAGUGUGAAAGCAACUAGUGAUAUCAAUUCUCCAGUCUCGGGCACGGUGGUUGAAGUCAAUGAGGAGCUGACCGAGUCCCCUGGAUUGGUGAACUCGAGCCCGUAUGAAGAAGGAUGGAUUAUAAAGGUGGAGCUGAGUGAUGCAGGUGAGGCACAGAAGCUGAUGGAUUCAGAGAAAUACUCCAAGUUCUGCGAAGAAGAAGACGCCAAGCACUGAGCUCAUUUCCUAUUCCAGAAGCUUCCACUGCUACACAGAUUUGUUGUCUUCUCUUCUCGAACGAGUAUCAAGACGAAAUCUCUAUCUGUGUCGAUGGUUGAAUCAAAGAAAAAUCUGAUCCCCCGUUCUUUUCUUUUAUGUUUUUUGUUUUCUAAUUAAAUUGUUUGAAUAAUAGUAGAGAAUAAUAAGCUUUGGCGUUUUUACAUUGGUUUGAUCUAUCAAAGAGUCGUUGCCUCC